GUUGUCUCCGCCUGGACCAAGAGGGAGCCGGAACUCGCUUAGUUUCCAGCGCCAGUGUUUCAUCGUAUUUUGGACCGGAGAGAUGAGGCGGAAGGAGAAGAGGCUGCUGCAGUUCGCCGGGCUGCUCAUAGCGGCUCUUCUUUUCCUGCCCAACGUCGGUCUGUGGUCUUUGUACAGAGACCGAGUGUUUGACAACUCGCCCGACACGGCGGACGGACCGGGCGGCAUCCCGCUAAUACAGCAGAUGACCCGGUUGGGAAAGGAGGCCCAGGUCGGGCGUGACGGCGUGCGGAGGAAAGACUGGACCGACUACGAGGCUGUGAGGAGAGACGCCGCUCGCUCUGGAAACGGUGAGCAGGGGAAAGCGUUCCCUCUGACAGAGGCUGACCGGGUCGACCAGGCCUACAGGGAGAACGGCUUCAACAUUUAUGUCAGUGACCGCAUCUCCCUGAACCGCUCCCUCCCAGACAUCCGCCACCCAAACUGCAAACAGAAGCUGUAUGCGGAGAAGCUGCCCAACACCAGCAUCAUCAUCCCGUUCCAUAACGAGGGCUGGUCAUCGCUGCUGAGGACCGUGCACAGCGUGCUCAACCGCUCGCCGCCACAGCUCAUCGCAGAGGUCAUCCUGGUCGACGACUUCAGCGAUAAAGAGCACCUAAAGGUGGCGCUAGAGGAGUACAUGGUGCGGAUGCCUAAGGUUCGCAUCCUGAGGACCAAGAAGAGGGAGGGGCUGAUCAGGACUCGCCUGCUGGGAGCCGCUGCUGCCAAGGGAGAAGUCAUCACCUUCCUGGACUCCCACUGUGAGGCCAACGUCAACUGGCUGCCUCCACUGCUGGAUCGAAUCACCCAGAACCGGAAGUCCAUUGUGUGUCCGAUGAUCGAUGUGAUCGACCACGACAACUUUGGCUACGAGACGCAGGCAGGCGACGCCAUGCGGGGGGCCUUUGACUGGGAAAUGUACUACAAACGUAUCCCCAUCCCUUCAGAGCUGCAGAAGGAAGACCCCAGUGAGCCCUAUGAGUCUCCAGUCAUGGCAGGUGGGCUGUUUGCUGUGGACAGGAAGUGGUUCUGGGAGCUGGGAGGAUACGACACGGGUCUGGAGAUCUGGGGUGGAGAACAGUACGAGAUCUCCUUCAAGGUGUGGAUGUGUGGUGGUCGGAUGGAGGACAUCCCCUGCUCCAGGGUAGGACAUAUCUACAGGAAGUAUGUCCCAUACAAGAUUCCUGGUGGAAUCAGCUUGGCAAAGAACCUGAAGCGCGUGGCAGAGGUCUGGAUGGACGAGUACGCCGAGUACAUCUACCAGCGUCGGCCGGAGUACCGCCACCUGUCUGCAGGAGACAUGACGGUGCAGAAAGAGCUGAGGAACAGCCUCAACUGCAAGAGCUUCAAGUGGUUCAUGAGCGAGGUGGCCUGGGACCUGCCCAAACAUUACCCGCCUGUGGAGCCUCCUGCUGCUGCCUGGGGAGAGCUGCGUAACGUAGGCAGCGACAUGUGUAUGGAGAGCAAAUACUUUGUGUCGGGAAGUCUCCUCCGCCUGGAGAGCUGUGUGAAGGGGCGAAGUGAGACGAGCUGGAGCCACGGGCAGGUAUUUACGUUUGGCUGGAGGGAGGACAUUCGGGUGGGCGACCCUGUGCACACCAGGAAGGUUUGCUUCGACGCCAUCUCCCACAACAGCCCCGUCACCCUGUACGACUGCCACGGCAUGAAGGGGAACCAGCUGUGGCGCUACAGAAAGGAUAAGAGCCUGUAUCACCCGGUCAGUAACAGCUGUAUAGACAGCAGUCCGACGGAGCGCCGUGUCUUCAUGAACACUUGUGACCCCAGCUCUCCCAGCCAGCAGUGGCUGUUUGAGAGAACUAACUCCACGGUGCUGGAGCACUUCAACCACGGCAACAACUGAGGCCGCCGGACGGAGAAAUGACCCUUCGUCUGAAAGAAUGAGAUCAUUAUUAGGCAAUGAUUGCCUUCGACUAGAAAUGUUUCCUGGUGUGAAGGAGCAAGGCAGCGUGCCAGCCAAGAGCAAAGAGUCCAGCGGUUCAAAUCAAACCAAACAGCCAGUGCUUGAUGAUGAAGAGGAGGAUGGGGAACGAGGUGGCAGUGUGACUGCCCAGCAUUGCGGGAGCCAAGAGGAGAUGAAGUGGCGCUCUUGCAUACAACUGAACUGAACGACAACUUGGACCCUUAAAAACUCCCAAGAAGCAAAUGUUUGGAAAGACUGUCUCUUCUUGUAUUGGUGCUGGUGUAAAGCUAUGUCAAACACAGCUACUACCGGAUGCAAGCAGCAUCUCUUAGUUCUUUUCUUUUGCCUUAAUAUUUUCAGCAGUGGGAAUAUUUGCGUAUUACACGUUCAGCCAAGACACCACAGGAUCAUAUCACGGGAAUCUGCAUUUGGGAGUUUCUGCCACCUGGCAUCUUUGCACAAAUGACAGUCCCAAAUUAC